GUAUGGGUGACACAAAAUUUGUCCCAAAUUUGGAUGCCGAUCAAUUCGAUGUGAUAAUCAAAUCAAGUCGUGCGUUCAAAACACAAGCCGAUGUGGUUAGCAAUGUGUGGAACAAAUGCAAAGAGCCAAUUUUUUUUCUAAAUGAUCGCACAAAAAGUUUGGGUCUCAAUGAUAAGGGUAUCACCACGUAUUUCUCCGACAAUUGCACUGUGGAAGAUUCGGAUCGUGUUAACGAAUGGUUAAAGUUGAAAAAACUUGACGCUUACAUUUGUCGUACGUUCAAGACCGAGGCCAAUGGUCGCACCACGUAUGACAUUAAGUUGGCAUCGGUUGAACAGGGCGAAAGUGAUGGCAUUACGAUACCGGCCGAAGAAUACAAAGGCAAUACGUUUGUGGUGACACGCGGUGAUUAUUCGCGUUUGUUGGCCUUGGUCAAUACAAAUCUUGUCCUUGCCAAAAAAUAUGCGGCAAACGAAAAUCAAACACAAAUGAUUGAUCAAUACAUCAAAAGUUUUGCCGAAGGUAGUUUGGAAGCGCACAAAGAAGGCUCAAGAUACUGGAUAAAAGACAAGGGUCCCGUUGUUGAAACUUACCUUGGUUUCAUCGAAACUUACCGUGAUCCGGCCGGUAUGCGAGGUGAAUUCGAAGGUUUUGUUGCAAUGGUCAACAAGGAAAUGUCAGCCAAAUUUGCCGAGCUGGUGAAAAAUGCGGAAAAUUUGAUUGCAUUGUUGCCUUGGGAUAAGGAUUUCGAGAAGGACGACUAUCUCAAGCCCGACUUCACAUCUCUUGAAGUAUUGACAUCCGCUGGCAGCGUCGUUCCAGCCGGAAUCAAUAUUCCAAACUAUGACGAUAUUCGUCAAAAUGAAGGCUUCAAAAACGUUUCACUUGCCAAUGUCAUGUCCAAAAAUAACGUCAAAGAUUCCAUUCCAUUCUUAUCGGAAGCUGAUCAAAGUUUAAUGAAAAAGUACAAAGCUAGAGCACUUGAGGUUCAAGUUGGUCUUCACGAGUUGCUGGGCCAUGGAAGUGGCAAACUAUUUUGCGUUGACGAAAAUGGCAAAUUCAAUUUUAAUAUUGACACCGUGAAAAAUCCACUGACCAAUCAACUGGUCAGCUCGUGGUAUGAACCAGGUGAAUCAUAUGAUUCGAAAUUCGGUCCAAUGGGCUCAUCAUAUGAAGAAUGUCGAGCUGAAGCCGUUGGGCUGUAUCUCAGCUUGAAUCGUGAUGUGUUUAGCAUUUUCGGUAUAAUCGACGAACACGAAAUUGAAAAUAUUAUCUAUGUAAAUUGGUUGGCAUUGAUCUGGGCUGGUGUUGGUAUUUCACUGGAGUUGUACGAUCCAACGUCGAAGAAAUGGAUGCAGGCGCACUUUCAAGCUCGAUUUGUAAUCGUGCAGGUGCUCCUAGAGGCUGGCCAAGGUCUGAUCAAUAUCGAAGAAACCGAAGAUGGAAAGAAUUUACUGUUGACGGUUGAUCGUACCAAAAUCGGAACGGUUGGACGCGACGCCAUCCAGAACUUUUUACUGAAGCUUCAAAUCUACAAAUCGACUGGUGACAUCGAGAACUCAUCCAAAAUGUACAACCACUUUUCGAAAGUGUCCAACGACACUGAGCCAUACACAUGGGAAAAGUGGCGUGACAUCGUGUUGGCACACAAAGAGCCAAAAGGCAUCUUGGUGCAGGCAAACACCGAUGUCCAAGGUGAUUCAGUUGUAUUGAAAACGUAUAAGGCUACUCUCGAAGGCUACAUCGAACCGUGGGUCGAUCGUUUCCGUUCAAACAACGAAGUAUGCAAUGUCCUCGAGGCCAUUUGGGAGGAAGACAAAAAAUAUUUCCCAUCGUUAAUCAAAAACUAAAAUCUGUCCACUUUCAAUUCAACAUUGAGAAAACAAAAAUCAAAUAUUUUUCAUCAUUUUUAAUCAAAUCAAAUAAAUCAAUCACUUUGGGAGCGCAUUUUGAAUGUCUCACAAGGAAAUAAUUUAAA